AUGGCUCGCAGGACGCGAUCUGCGCGCUUCAGCUCAGGGAUGAAGCCCUCCUACUCCCAUACUCCUCGGCGGCACCCCUUUGAAGCGAACGCGUUGAUAGACUCCGAGACCGUGCUCAUGCUAGGGGAAGGGGUCGGGUUCUCCGACAUCUACGCGACGGAACACACGCCUGCGACCGACUCGCUGGGCGCCAAAGCGAUCCAGUGCCACCGCCUCGAUGAGCGCGCGAUCUUGCGAUCUUAUCUAAGAUCACAGCCUCUGUGCGACGACUUGCUUUCUCCCCCAUCUCUGACUCUGUCUGUACCUGCACAGCACCCAAAUCAAAAUCCUCCUCAUGCUCCUGAGCCACAGAGACACAAUGGGAGAGACAAUGAGAAUGUUCACAUUCCUGAGCAACAGAUAGAGAAUGAAAAUCCUCAUAUUCAUGAGCAACAGAGAGAUGACCAGUGA